AUGAGCCCUACAGACCGCACGAGGCCGCGGAGCUUGUUAGUGCGGUACAGGGAUACGUGGGAGUCGCUGAGGGUGGCACAGGCCGGGUGUGAGGCGUUUCACGGUGAGGGGACGGCCGUACAAGUCGCGUAUGAGCCGCCUGGAGCCGGAGCUGCGAGAGGAGCGCAGGUGAAGAAGCAGUUGGAGCUGGGUGUGAUCAGGCCGUCAAAGAGCGAGUGGGCCGCAGCACCGCACUUCGUCAAGAAGAGGACGGGAGAGUGGCAGUGUGUGCUGGACUAUAGGCGCGUGAAUGAGUCGAUGAGUUUCAGUGUGAGGUGUCAGCAGAAGGUUGACAAUGUCAGGAAUGCGGAGGCUCCCGCCGACGUUCGCGUGAAACGGGUAGUAGACAAGUGGGAGGAUUACGUCGCCUUGGCUCACUUCACUGUGAGGACGGACCACGGGAAUCUCCGCUACCUCACGGGGGUCGACAAAGGGAAGAACUUCCGAUGGACCGCAGCGCUCAGUCAGCUUGACUUCACACUCGAGUUCAUGCCUCAAGAGAAGAGCUGUAUGGCGGGUUGGCUGUCGCGCUCCGCUGCCGAGGUGGCGGACGACGCGAUCAUGGAGCGGAUGGCGCUCGAGGGUGCGGUUAUGGCACACGUGGGGGCGUUGGUACACGCGAGCAGACCAGAGUCCGGAGAGAUGGUAAGUCAUGACGUCACACGACUUCAGGAAAGGAAGCAUCACAAUGGCGAGCUUUUGCCGGCCUCCUACCGCUCUUCACGUGGCGAGUCGUGGGGGAGUGGUGAGACGGGAGGGCGUAUUGAGACGCAGAGACACGAACGGCUCGUAUGA